AUGGCCGACUCUCCACCGCCGCCGCCGCCACCCGCUCCCACCACCAUAACUGCGCUCAGCGAUGACCUUCUCCUCGAAAUCUUCCUGCGCCUCCCCUCCGUCGCGAGUCUCGCCCGUGCGGCUUUCGCCUGCCGCGCAUUUCUCCACGCCGUCCUCUCCUCCCCCGCCUUCCGGCGCCGUUUCCGUGAACUCCGGGCACGGCCGCUCCUUGCGCUCUUCCUGCUGCCCGACAUGCGUGCCAUCGUCCCUGCAGGUGCAGGCAAGAGCAGCGACAUCGCCGCCGCCUUCGACGGUCUACUCCAAGACUUCGGUGCCUCCGAGUGGCGGAGCGAUCCCGUGAUCCCCUACAGCGACGGGUACGCCUACUUCGUCAACCAAGCCACCGACCAAAGCGCCUGCUACAGCCCGCACUCGCAGGCUCUGAACAUCUACCCCAAGAACCUCCGCUACGACAACAACGCCUUCCUUGAGUUCCACACGCUCCCCCCCGACGGCGAGGAGCAGCGGCCGUCCCGCGUGCUCGUCUUGCCGGAGAUGGACACCGGGGGGGCGCUGGAUGACACCACUGGCUCGGUUGUCAAUGGCUUCGUCUGUUGGGUACACACGGGGAAGGGAUGCAUCCUCGCGCUCAACACUGUGACAUUUCAGUUCUCUCGGAUGGAUCUGCCGCCGCCCUUGAAAGUGCCAUCCUCAAGAUUUCAGCUUGGUCACACCAAGGAUGGGGAGUUCUGUGUCGUCAGUGUACUGCAAUGCAUGCUUUCUGUUUGGCUCUGGGCAGCCGACGGUGAUGGCGUCGAGAGAUUCAUGCCGCACAAGACAUUCUCAUUGUGCGCAAAUGUCAGUGAGGUCAUCAAUGAGGCUGAUGUUCAUAUACGGCCUAUGGCGGUUAUCAAUGGCUUUGUGUACCUAUCUCUAACUGUUGCACCCUUAGGGGACCCUCGGGCUCCUCAGUUGUUCGUGUCCUUCUGCCUAGAAACAGCCAAGGUGAAUUUGCUCCAUAAAGAAAGCAAGCUUAUAUUCUGCCCAGUUGAUCCCUACAUUAAAGUCAGCUGGCCGUCUUCUUUGAUACAUGGCAAGGAGGAUUCAAAAACCGGAGUUAGAGGAAACAUUUCUGAAGAUGAUGGUCCCAUGGGCACGGAAGAAGAUUCCCCUGUCCUUUUCACCGCGUUGCAAUCAUUCAAACAAAAAAUGAUUGAUAAUGGCAACUCUAAUUUUGCAGAGAUAGAUUCCUUCUUACUUGAUGAUGAGAGGAACUCUCUUCUGAACAGAAUCGCUACUUUAGAGUCAAGAUUAGCAGCUGCAAGGGACCGUGUCUUGAGAAUAGGCACUAAACCCAAUAGCAUGAAUGGGAUGGAACUUGUUACUUCAGAGUCAGAAUUAGCAGCUGCAAGAGACUGUCUUGAGACUAGGUACUGA